UUCAAUUUCCUUUUCCGCCGCCGCCAUCUCCUUCUUCUUCCCCUUCUAAUUCUUCAUUGCCUCUUCUUUUUUUUCAUCUUCACCGACCUCCGUCCAGUCACCUGUGUCAGUGCGUGUCGAUACCGGGUUGGCGUCGGAAACGACGAAUCCAAGCAACAAGAGGGUUUGAUAAACAUUUGUAGAUUGGCUAUGGCGACUCAGCGAGAAGGGGAAGAGUCUCUGGAAACUACAACUACUCCGCCGGCUGGCCUAUCGGAAUUGGUGCAGGAACGAUAUCGGAAGAUCAAGGAGCAUGCUGAAACUUAUCCGUAUGUGUGGGCGUCUUACACGCUUGUUUAUGGCGGUUUGGCACUUUGGACUAUUUACAGAUAUAGAAAGCUUCGUAAGACUGAGGAUCGAGUGCGAGCCCUUCAAGAAAGACUCCGCAAACUUGUUGAAAAUGAAGAAUCAGCUAACUCUGGUACAUCUGUUAGGAAGGCUCCAACUUCUGAUGAUAAAGUUCCAAAGUAGAUACACUUUAAAAAAAAAAAGAAAGCUUUCAUUCGGUUUGGAAAUGCAUUAUCAAUUAUUUUGUUGAACUAGCUAGUAAUUGAGGAAGAUAUUGUGUGAAAUUUGGGAGAAAAACGAUUUAGAUAUCAAUUCAAUUAUUU